AUGUCGUCAAGGAUUUUUCUUAUUCUAUUUUGUAUUAUCAUAAUAUUUUUUAUUGAAUUUAAUAAUGGUGCUCCUACUGUUAAAACUACAGCGAAAACUACAACGAAAACACCUAAAACAACAAUCAAAGUACAGAAAAACUCUACUGAAAUAGCGAAACCAGCACUUCUCGGUGGUCAUACACCUUGGACUAAAACUAUCCAACCAAAACAUAAGAAAAUCUUUGAUGAUUAUAAAAAAAUUAUAUUAAAAAAACUUCAAGAAGUUCAUAAUGUAUCGAAAACAUUCAAUCCUAAACCGGAGAAAUUUUCUGUACAAGUCGUUGGUGGAUUUAAUUAUUUAUAUUUAGUAAAAUUACCAAUCAAUAAAUAUGCAUCUGUAUCAAUUCAUCAUGUUGCAUGGAAAAAAGGUCAUUACGGAAAAGAAACAAAUGUUAUAGUCCCACCAAAAACUUAUGAAUUAGAUGAUAAAAAUGUUUGA